AAAUAAAAAGUAGUCAUAAGUGCUCGUAUGUAGUGUUUAUGAAUGACACCAUCGAUCGAUGUAGUAUGGCUUCUACUAGUAAUUCGAGAAACGUGUACUAUGAAGAUGCUCCUCCAGAAGCUUUUGAUAAAGAUGAGUUCUUUUGCACAGAACGGAUUGUUCCUAGAAAAAUCAAGCCUCAGAACAUUGUGAUAAGGCUUAUGAACAGGGAAAUUUACGGUUCAAAGAAGCCAGGCUCACAUUUCCAUGUUGUUAGGGAGUUUUAUCAAAAUGUUUUCCCAAACUUGACUAUAGUAAAUGUUGAAAAGCCUCCGUGUUUUUUACGAAAGUUUAGUCCUGAUGGGAAGCAUUUUAUUGCUUUUUCUGCAGAUCAAACAUCUUUAGAGAUUUAUGAGUACAGGGGAGCAGCAGCUGCAGGUGACCUUGUGGCUGGCUAUCCUUCAGACUUACUUAAUGCUGAUGCAGAUGCCCACCAUAGGAUAAGGACACAUAUUUUUUACAGAUUUUUCAAGCCAAAAUAUACAGUAAAUGUGUGCCAACAAAGAGAAGUGCAGCAAAUGCGAAAUCCCCAGCACCCCUUCAUGGAGCAACAACUCAAUAGAGAAUGCAGCUUAUUUACAGAAGAUGGCCGUUAUGUUAUUGUCGGGUCAGCUGCACACAUACCUGAUGACUUGAGACCACACUUCUAUCAUAUUCAUAGCAAUAACGAGGCUGUGACACCAACUAUUAGAUCUGCACUCGAAGAUUAUUCCCUCCAUUUAGUGGAUUUGCAUCAUGGAAAGCUAUGUGAUACAAAACAUUUCAGAAUAGAUAAAAUCUACCUCUCACACAAUCAAGGAAUUUACUUGUACAAAGAAGUGUUGGCUGUGUUGUCAGUGCAGCACCAAACAAUACAUUUAUUCCAAAUUGUAGAAGGAAUGUUGAUAGAAAUAAGAAAAAUAGGCAGGUUUUGUUAUGAUGAUGAUCCAUUCAUUGUCAACUCUGUUUUUGCACCUCUAGUCAAUGAAAGGCCUUUCCAUGAAGAGACAAUAAAUAGCUUAAAACAUAGGCUUCUAGUAUUCCUCUUUAAAAGGGCAAAAGCUAUUAGUGAUGAAACGGGCGAUCCAUUGGAACUUAGAAAGUUUUACAAAUACUUUGAUAUGUUCAAAAGUUUACGGAUGUGGAAAAUGCAGCUUUUAGAUGAAGAUCAUCUUUUUAUCAAGUACGCUAGUGAGGAGGUUGUAACGCUAAGGGUACAAGAGCCUAACAGCCAGUCUUCUUUCUUUGUUAUAUACAACAUAAGUGAAAGCAAGAUACUGGAAGUGUAUGAAAAUACAUCUGAAGGUCUACUGCAGCUUUUUGAGAACUAUUGUGACUGUUUUAGAAACGCACGACUAUGCGCUGAUUCUCAGUUUACUUGUUCUCCUUCAAACAAUUUGUAUGCAAGAUUGACACAGCAAAGGUUCAAACAAACAAUAGUAAGAGCUAUCUAUGGCGGUCGAACGGAAGCAACGAAGAGAAUAUUAGCGCAGUUACCGAUAAGCGCACAGUCUUAUAGUGGAUCUCCAUAUUUGGACCUAGGACUGUUCAGUUAUGACGACAAAUGGGUAUCUGUUAUGGAGAGACCUAAGGCAUAUGGGGAGUACCCUAUUCGGUUUUAUGCCCGCGAUUCAGGCCUAUUGAAGUUUAAGAUUUACGCAGGUGUAUUGGGACAGUCGGUGCCAGCGAGCGCCAGACGGUUGGUCGCUUUCACCUUCCACCCCACAGACCCUUUUGCAAUAAGCGUACAGCGCACAAACUCAGAAUACAUUGUCAAUUUUCAUAUCAGAAACGCUGUACUUAGUUCCUGCGCCUUUGGUGAUCAUCUUGACUAUUCUCACGUAUCUUAAUGUAAUUAUUUUGAAGUAAUUACUGAUUAUAAGCAGUAUAGCGAAAAAUAUUGACUUGAAAGGAGUAAUAUUGACCCAAAAUCAUUUUGUAGUAACUAGAUCUGCGUCUUAUCUGCAGCCGCAGGUUGACGCUUGGUUCACCACAUGCACACAUCACCGAGAGGCGAGAUCUAGUCUUUAGAAUUCAGCUGACUGAGGCAUUAAUAAAUAAAAUAGACUGAUAUUUUUGUAUAUUGUAUACGUUGACAGUGAGUGUACUCGUAUUAUCAGGCGAAAAUGUAAAUGUUGACAAAUUGUAUAUGUACAAUGUUUGAGAAGCACUACCAUGUAGUGUAAUAUGUUAUAGCUUAUUAGUAAUCAUA